AUGUUCUUGGAAAGUGUUCACCCACUUGUAAUGACCCUUGUCAUCUAUGCAAUGGCCGAUGUCGCCUUCGCGAGUGCUAUUGGAUUCAGCGCACUAAAUGUGAGUACAGUAUGUCAAAUAUCGGGGCCGGGUUCAGAAAUUGUUUAGCUUUUUUAAAAAUGAGGGCGGUAGCCUGACAGUCAUAAACAACCACUUAUGAACACCUUUGUGAACUGAGCUGUUGUCUUUUUUAUUUAAAAUAAGUCUAACAACGAAAAUAACCGUUUUUUAUAACCUUAGGCAUAGAAAGGUGAACGAAGUUUCAGAAAAUGUUACACAAUCCAGUCAUCUCAAUUGAGUUCCACAAAAGCGAAAUGUCUAUGUAUUUGACCUAAAACUACCUCAACCACUAAUAAAUGAAGAACUUGGAGUCAAAUCACUAUUUUGGUCGGGGAAAUAGAAUAACAAUACGAUCCCAAAACAUAUCCGUCUGCCGCGUUAUGUUUUGAGAGUUUAGUUGUGGAGCCACGGCCAAACAAGCCGGAAUUUUCUAGACCCAAAUGAGAUGUUUGUUUCAGAGCAUGUGGUCGAAUCCGUACUUCCCACUCGUCAACUCUGGAGUCCUUCUAGUCUCCAUCAUGUCCGUCUACAUGAUUGCCUACAGUCACAUAAACCUCGCUAUCGUUUUUCAUGGUAUUCUGAAGUUGUUGUUAGCUGUCUCGAGCCUUCACGCCGUGUUUCAGCCAGGUGAGUCUGAAACGAAUAGUUGUUCACCGAUUAGCAGCUGAUCGUUAUUCAGCUGCGUAUGAGAUCGAAAAACAAGAAGCCGUGGCCCUUUGUCUCUACUAUAUCCCGACCAUUACAUUUGAAAUGACCGCUUUCUUUGUUAUCAACAAGAUGAAUAUCCCGUUCUAUUUGGUAAUACAAACAAAAAUGCCAAAAACGCUUUUACAAAUCACGGUUUUCUUUCAGGAAGAAGAGUUCGACCGAGAAGACGAAGAUUCGGAAGAAGAAGAUGACGAUUUGAAGAAAUCUCGUUGUUGA